AUGGCAACCUGCAUGUUAAGAUCAACAGAUAUGAAUGACAACAUCCCAGACCCUUUAACUUCAUUUUCACUUUCUUCUGAAAACCAAACAGGGUCUAAAAUGGAUUCAGCCGUUUCUUGUUCUUUGAAGCGAAAGAGACCCCCCAAGAUUGAGAUCCCAAAGGUAUUGCGUGAUAUUGGUAUCGACACGAAGGUCACAUCCAUAGACUGUGCCAGUCAAGAAGAGGCCUUCUGUUUCAGUGGGUUUGGAGUCGGGGUUUCCACCGUUAAAGGCAAGAAAAAAUUCAUGGAAGAUAACCACAAGAUUGUUUCUUUCCCCAAUGGCAGCAAGGGGUUUUUCGGGGUUUAUGAUGGGCAUGGGGGUUCCAAGGCCGCGGCGUAUGUGGCAGAGAAUUUGCACACAAACAUUUUUGAAAUUUUGAAGAAUUGUUCAGGGAAUACAGAGAAGGAAGAAGCCGUUAAGGCAGGGUACUUAAAAACAGACCAGGAAUUCUUGAAACAGGGCAUAGGCAGUGGUGCUUGCUGUGUCACAGCCUUGAUUGAAGGAGAAGAGAUGGCCAUUUCAAACUUGGGAGAUUGCAGGGCAGUUCUCUGUAGAAGUGGGGUGGCAGAAGCCCUUACAGUAGAUCACAGAGCAGGUCAGGACGACGAACGGAGUAGGAUAGAGAAUAUGGGAGGAUAUGUAGAGAUUCAUAGGGGAGCUUGGAGAGUUCAUGGGGUACUUUCUGUCUCUAGAAGCAUUGGAGAUGCUCAUUUGAAGGAUUGGGUACUGGCUGAGCCUGAUACUAAGAUCCUAAAUUUGACUCCAGACAUGGAAUAUCUUCUCCUAGCUUCUGAUGGGUUGUGGGAGGAGGUUGGAAAUCAAGAAGCUGUUGAUAUUGUAAUGGGGACAUGUUCAGUUGACAAAAAGCCAGAACCUACAGGAGACCCUGAGAAAGAGAAUGACAAUGAAUUUGGCUGCAUAAGUAUGAGUGCUUCGCCAAAGUUACGAAGAGUAAUGUUAGUCAAGCGAAAGAGAAAGAUGGUUCACUCCCCUAAUUAUAGGAAGACAGGAAAUGAAGAUGAUUUUGGCAAUGAAAACGAAAGUCCUCCACCUAAGGCUCGAAGGGUUUCACUGGUAAGCCAGAUGAAGGUGCACCCUCAGUCUCCAAAUCAAGAGAACAGUAGCUAUAAGAAGAGACCAGCUCCCGGUCGACUUGUUGCUGCUUGCAAGGAGCUUGUAAACCUUGCUGUGGCUAGGGGCAGUUUGGAUGACGUCACUGUCAUGAUAAUCGAUCUAAACCAAUUCAAAAACCAUUGUAUAGCACCGAUGGUUGUACAACAUCACAAAGAUGAGGUUUAAUAUUUGACAUCUAGGAGACACAACAAUAGCUUAAACUUUUCAGAUCCUUUUCAAAAGCCAAUGUACAAAACAUAAUCUCCCUUUCUUUUUGGUCAGUUUUAUUUACACAACAUCACUGCCAUGACCACUCUUCUGCAACUGGCUCGUUUGUGUUUCACUGGACCACCAUUCUGUCAAACCAAUGUAG